AGCUAUGGCCAAAGAAAAGGGGGGUAAGAAGAAGAAAGAUCGGCAGUCUGCCGACUCACAGAAGUCACUUGGGACCACUGCUGAGAAACAGACUACAGACAACAGUCACGAGGGGGGAAGGGGCGGAAGUGCUGGACUCCUCAAUCCACAGUCAGGCGGGGGAGGGGAUCAGGUGGAUGGGGCUGACAACACUCUGGGGGGAGGUACAAUGCCAGAGAUGACGCAGUCCAAAGUGGUGGAGCAGAAGAUGUUCGAGGAGCCAGUACUGACUAAACUCAUCGUGGAAGAGUAUGUGGGUGAUAAAGAAAUGGGGUUGUAUCACGGAUAUGGAGAAGCAAAGUUCGUCGGAGGACACACCUACAAGGGUGAGUUCUACCAGGGCAAGAUGCAUGGCAAGGGCGAGUAUGUGUGGGAGGAUGGCAUCCGCUACGAGGGAGACUUCACGCUCAACCACAUCACGGGAAAGGGCUUCUACCGCUGGACUGACGGAAGCACUUACGAGGGCGAUGUGUUGAAUGGACUGAGACAUGGAAAUGGGACUUACACUUGUCCGGAGAGGGGACUCUGCUACUCGGGACAGUGGCACAAAGGCAAAAGGCACGGAGAGGGUAUUCUGUAUUACGAUCCGGCCCAGCAGAGUUUUUACGAGGGCGAGUGGUUCCUCAACAUGAAGAAUGGACGAGGGGUGAGAAGAUAUGCGAGUGGGAAUGUGUACGAUGGAAUGUGGUACAGAGACAAGAGACAUGGCUACGGUAGGAUGCAGUGGCUCGACCACAACAAUGCACUCUACGAGGGAGAGUGGGAGGAUGGAUUGCAGCAUGGCGAUGGAGAGUAUACGUGGUACCUGCGAAGACUUCCCGACUCCCAGUAUCCCCAGAGGAAUAGGUACUACGGCCAGUGGUACAAGGGAGCCAGACAUGGAAUGGGUACCUUCAUCUACGCCAAUGGGUCCAGGUACAGAGGCCCCUGGAACAACAAUCUCAAACACGGCCCGGGGGGUGUGAUCACAUUCAGAACAGGGCGGGUGCUGGAAGGCGAGUUCAACAUGGACAAAAUGGUGGACAACCCGGAGCUGGACAUCGGACAGGCUGCAACCCCAGAGAUAGACCAGCUUCCCGGCUCCAAGCAGCAGAGGCCCAAAAGUGGGACGGGAUCUAGGGUCAACUUUACAGAUGACCAAGUGUCGAUCAAGUCUGACGGGAGUGUGUCGAGUCAGAGUAGCCAGUUGCAGUCCAGUUUCGCCCUCAGUCUGGACUCCAUCCUGGACACUCUGCCCGCACAAACGAGAGAGGAAGAACAGAUGCAGAUCAAAUUCUGUGUGAUUCGCAACGUAUCUCUCCUUCGCAAAAUAUACGCAUUCUACGCCAAACUCUGCAAGGAGAGUAUAGCUACUCGACUGUCCCAAGGCGGAGGCGCAGCUGGGCAGCCCCACCCCCAGGGCUCAUCGGCAGCGGCAGAGGACAACACAUUUGUGAUGGAGAAGCUGCAGUUUUGGCAGCUGCUGAAGGACUGCAGAAUCAACGAGCACGAAGUCACUCUGGUCGAGCUAGACAGACUUGUUGGUGCGAAUAUUGAGUUGAACGUAGACGGAGUUCCCCCUCCCCCUCCAGUUGUGGAAGGAGGUGGGGAGGAUGGUGCUUCAACACAAUUCACCAACCCCCACCAGCCCAAUGCGAGGAUGCUGUUCUUGGAUUUCGUCAACUCACUCAUUUACACUGCGUAUCAUGUCUUCGCUCCCGAUGCAAAGACUCAGAACUGUCAACACAUCGUGGCUUCUUGCCUGUCGAUGUUGCUUGAGAAACGUCUGACCAAGUACGCCUGUAAGAUCAAAGGCGGUAUCAUGACAGACCCAGUCAAGGCCAAAAUAACCUUCGACUAUCUGCCCAAAGUGUUCGACAUCUACUCGUUCCUCUGCAAGCCUCUCCGAGUACCUCCGAAGAACUUCCCGGCGGACAAGACCAUCUGUGCACGUGAUGUUUUGCAUAUGAUGAAUGAUUACAAAUUGCUGAAUGAAAGAUUGACUACCAAAGUGGCAAUGCAGAUUCUAGCUAAACAAGACAGAAGAAUUUACGACGAAGAAGAUUGUAAUCUGGAACUGGAGUUGACGCUUUUGGAGUUCAUGGAGAGUCUUCUCUCUUUCGCCACCAUCUUCGUCACAGACGAGGUUCUGAAGGAACCCAAGGGUGCAAGCGAGUUGAGUCGUCUGCCUCAAAUAACUCUGGAACAGGACUCCGGACUCUGGCCCCCUCAUGGGAGGUUUAGUGAGUUCACAGAUGACGUCAUUGAUCCGAUGGGGGGAGUUGGGGAUGUACCGUCGAAGACUGCAGUGGCCACGCCCGGCAGCCAGUAUAGUCAGGCAGAUGGCUUUGUUGAUGGUGAGGAAGCUACUGCCAGUGCGAAUAACAACGAGGAUGCCACGCAAACAGGAGGCGCUCAGCCGGUCACAGCUGGAAACGAGUCGACCACCGAGCGUGGCAAGGCUGACAAGAAAGCGGGUGGGGGCACUGCUGAUAAUGCGGGGGAGAAUGUGGGGGGCAGUGGGGCUGUUCUGGAUGAUCAGGGGGUGGAAGAGAGUGGAGUGGAACAGCAGGGUGGGGACAAGAAGGAAGUGACCGGUGAAGAAGCCAUGCAACAGUCUUCCAAGCCCAGCUCAGGUGAAGAGAAUGUUCCAGCAGAAGAACCCCUGUUCGGAUCGAGGCCUCUGACCAGAGGAGCGAGUAACAUGACUUCCGCUCGCAGCUCAAGAUUCGUCGACUGGGGAGGAGUGUCAUACAUGCGCGGCCUCAGUCGUGUAGAAGAGGACACGGAAGACGAGUUGGAUUCUGCCGCUCUUCCUGUGGAGUUGCGACUGUGGGUGCAGCAGGUCAGGUGCUUCUUCGAUCGCAAACUCCUGCCCCAGUUCCACAAGCACAUACUCCUACACUCACAAACACAAACCACCGCCAACAAAUAAUGGAGACAAUAAUACACUCUGUACAGAACAUGAAUACUCUUAAGUAGUCGACAGACACGAGAAAAUAAAAUGGACAAUCGGAGAACUUCAUUCAAACUGAAGAUUAAGACAACAUACCUCGUGAACAGAUAGAUUUCAACUUAUAUUGUGGAUUUGUGGCCAUUGCAGCAAACUUAAGCUCAAUAUUUCAUCGUAUCUUUUUUCUAACGAAGAAAAACAGUGACUCAUGGCAUGGACUUGUAGAAGACUCUUGCUAAUUUCAGAAUAAACUGAAUUGUGAAGCAAAAAAGCUGAAAGUAGUUGAAAGUGAAGAGCUAGUGUAGUUAAUUGAUUGAUUCAAAAAUCCCGUGACUUAGCUUGUACUUAUUUUGUGCCUAAAAUCGAAACACUUCAUUAUAGAAUCGUGAUCAGUAAUAUGGUUUGAUUUUUUUUGUAAAAUUCUGUUUCAAAACUUGUUUGAUGUAGAGAUCGGCACAAAAGUCAAUAUAAGUAUAAAAGUUGUUUUGUGAUCAUCUGUAAAUUAAAAAAAUGUAAAUACGCAAAAAUUGAUAAAUUCAAUUGUUUUGCUGUAUGUUCAUAUGUAAAUAGAAAAAGGUUAAU